AUGGCACCCAACCCCCCCUCCCUCCCCCUCUUCCUCCUCCCGCCACCAACAGUCCUCCUCCCCUCCGUCGUCCUCGCCCUCGGCGUCACCCGCCCCGACAACGCCGUCCUCAUCUCCGCCCUUCAUCGUCAGACACUCGCAUCUCCCGGGGAUCGACUUGUGGGUUGCGUGACUCUCGUCAAUGCAACGCAGUCUGAAGGAGCUGCUCCUAGUGACUCGGCCGCCACCGACGGACUUACGGACUCCGAUAGCGAUAAGCAGAUCGUCAAGCAUGGCCUAUCUACCAUCCACCACUUUGGUUGUCUUGCUCGCGUCGUCCGCAUCGAACGUGGCCCGACCGGCCAGCUCCAGGUCGUCCUCGAAGGCCUCUCCCGCUUCCGCAUCACCUCCCUCGUCUCUGCUGAGCCAUACUACACCGCCAACGUAUCCCACUUCAUCGACGCACCCCUCGACGCGACCGAUAUCCCGACCUACACCCUCGUCGCGCAACUCAAGCGUCUCGCGCGCGACCUCAUCACCUUCCUCAAAUCCUCCUCCUCCUCCUCCUCCUCCCCCUCCUCCUCCUCGCAACCGCCCCUCGCCGCCACCCUCCCGACCAACCCGCGCGCGAUCCGACGACUCGAAUCCGUCGUCAACCACUCGAGUUUCCAAGACUCGGGCAAGCUCGCGGACUUGCUUGUCUUUACGCUCGAUGUGCCGGUCGAGCAGAAGAUCGCGCUGCUGGCGAUCGAACCUACGAAGGAGAGGUUGGCAAAGGCGGUGGAGUUGUUGUCGCAGCAGAUUAAUAUGUUUAAGAUUUCGCAGUCGAUUAACACUUCUGUUGAUACUAAUCUGAAUAAGAAGCAGCGGGAUUUUCUUCUUCGUCAGCAGCUUAAAGCUAUCCGCCAAGAACUAGGAGACAAAGACGCAGAAGCAAAUGAAGAUGAAGACAUUGAAGAGCUGACGAAGAAGUUGGAAUCGGCCAACCUCCCCGCCGAAGCGGAGAAAGUCGUAACCCGCGAACUCAAACGCUUGAAACGGAUGCAGCCGACGCAGGCUGAAUACCAAGUGUGCAGGACGUAUCUAGAGACACUGAGUGAAGUGCCGUGGUCGACAGCGACGGACGACAAGAUCGACGGGGCGAUGAUCCGUGCCGCGAAAGAACAGCUCGAUCAUGACCACUACGGGCUCGACCAGGUCAAACGGCGGCUGAUUGAGUAUCUUGCUGUCAUCAGACUGAAGAGUCGCGGGCAGGACAAGAGCGUGAUUGAGAAAGCGCCGAUACUGUUGCUGGUGGGACCACCCGGAGUAGGCAAGACGUCGCUGGCGAAGAGCGUCGCGACCGCGCUCGGACGGAAGUUUGCGAGGAUUAGUCUUGGGGGUGUGCGCGACGAGGCUGAGAUUAGAGGACAUCGACGGACGUACGUGGGUGCGAUGCCGGGCUUGAUUGUGCAGGCGUACCGCAAGGCGGGGGUAAUCAACCCGGUGAUUUUACUCGACGAGAUUGAUAAGCUUGGCGAGAACAGCGUGCAUGGCGAUCCGUCUGCGGCCAUGCUCGAGGUUCUCGAUCCGGAGCAAAACAACUCGUUUGUGGAUCACUACAUCAACAUCCCGAUCGACCUGUCCAAGACGCUAUUUAUCGCGACCGCGAACUCGCUCGAGACGAUCUCGGCGCCGCUGCUGGAUCGGAUGGAGACGAUUGAGUUGUCGGGGUACACGUACUUGGAGAAGAAGCAUAUUGCGCAGCAGUACCUUAUCCCGAAGCAGAUUGUCGCGAACGGACUCGAGCCAGGCCAGGUCACGAUCACGGACGAUGCGUUGCUGAAGAUCGCGACGUGCUAUACGCGCGAAGCCGGCGUGCGGCAUCUCGAGCGGGAGAUUGCGUCGGUGUGUCGGGGUAAGGCUGUUGAGUUUGCGUCGCUCUACGAGGAUGAGAUCGAGCAUGAUGAUAUUAAAGGGAAGUACGAGGCGGUGGUGACGGAGCCCGAGAUUGAGAAAUAUCUCGGGAUGGAGAAAUUCGAGAACGAGAUUGCGAACCGGGAGAAUCGGCCGGGUGUCGUGACGGGACUUGCGUACAUGGGGUCUGGAAACGGCGGGUUGCUGUUCAUCGAAGCUAGCAAGUAUUAUUCGGGUUCUAGUGGCGGCGGCGGGCUGCAGUUGACGGGGAAUCUGGGGGCGGUGAUUAAAGAGAGCGCGAUGUUGUCGCUGACGUGGGUGCGCGCGCACGGGUUUGAGUUGCAGCUUGUUGAUUCCCGGACUGAGAAUCCGCUCGCCGGAUUCGACGUGCACAUGCACGCACCCGCCGGCGCGAUUCCGAAAGACGGACCGUCGGCGGGCGUAGCGAUGACAGUCGCGCUGGUCUCUCUUUUAACGAUGAAAGCCGUCCCAGCCGACCUAGCGAUGACGGGCGAGAUGACGCUGCGGGGCCAAGUUCUUCCCGUAGGCGGGAUCAAGGAGAAAGUACUUGCCGCGCACCGGGCCGGGAUCAGGAAGAUUUUGCUGCCGGCGCGGAAUCGGAAGGAUGUGGAGCAUGAGAUGCCGGCGAAUGUGAAGGAGGAGAUUGUGUUUGUUUAUUUGUUUAGUAUUUGGGACGCGCUUGCGGAGAUUUGGCCGGAGACGGUGCGUCCUGUUGCGAUAGUCGAGAGUCGGCUGUAGGCUACAGCAUCAGCUAUUUAUUCUUUAUCAUCUAUCUAUAUCUAAUACACUGCUUAUAUCUAUAUCAAGUAGUUAGUAGUAG